AUGGCCAGCUCGAUAUUGUUCAUCAAUGAGAAGGGAGAUAUUCUGAUCUUCAGAAAAUUUAGAGAUGAUGUGAGUAGGAAGGAAACCAUGAAUUUCUGUAAUAAGAUUGUUGCUACCAAAGAAGUCAAGGAGACACCAAUGGUUGAGAUCGAUGGAGUUACUUUUAUGCAUACCACUGUGAAUGAUGUGACUGUCGUCGCUACUACUAAAACAAACUGCAAUGUCACGAUGCUAAUCGAGUUUUUAUACCAGCUAAUAAUCCUUUGCAAGGCUUUUAUAGGCAGUGAGUUCAAUGAGAACCAAAUUCGAAAGAAUUUUGUCCUCAUUUAUGAACUAUUAGAUGAGGUUAUGGAUUAUGGCCUACCUCAAAUCCUUGAGCCUGAUGUCCUAAAAUUGUACAUCACAACUGGAAAGGUAGCAAAGAAGCUAGAUAAUAUUGAAAAGCUCAAGCAAAUCACCAUCCAAGCUACUGGAGCUAUCCCAUGGAGAUCAGAAGGAAUUAGAUAUAGGAAAAACGAAAUCUUUAUUGACAUUAUUGAAAAUCUGAAUGUGUUAGUCUCCAAUAAAGGAAAUAUCCUCAGAACUGAUGUUGUCGGCCAAGUUGUCAUGAAGACCAAGCUCACUGGAAUGCCUGAAUGCAAGUUCGGUAUUAAUGACAAACUCUUCAUGAGAGCAGCCUCUGGAGAUCCAAGAGGUACUGUCUCCAGGGGAAUUGAUAUUGAUGAUAUUAAAUUUCAUCAAUGUGUCAGACUCGGAAGGUUUGACAGAGAUAGAUCAAUCACUUUCGUUCCUCCAGAUGGAGUUUUCCAAUUGAUGACUUACAGAAUUACCGAGAAUAUCAAUCUCCCAUUCAAAAUUAUGCCGAUUGUGCAAGAGUAUGGAAAAUCAAGAAUUGAAUAUUCAGUAAAGAUUAAGUCUAUUUUUGACAGCUCUAACUUUGCUUCAAACAUCAUUGUAAAGAUCCCAGUUCCUAAGAAUACAGCUACCUGCAAAGUGUUCUCCACAGGUAUUGGAAAGGCUAAGUAUGAGCCUGACCAGAGCGCUCUUCUUUGGAGAAUCAAGAAACUAAAUGGAGACUCUGACUAUGUUCUGAUUGGAGAGGUAACAUUAACCCAGACCAAGUCUGAUAAGCAAUGGGACAGACCUCCUAUUGGUCUUGAAUUCCAGGUCCCAAUGUUUACAGCUAGUGGACUAAGAGUCAGAUACCUCAAAGUCCAUGAGAAGAACAAUUACAAACCUACCAAGUGGAUUAGAUACAUCACAAAAGGAGGAGAGUAUGAAGUCAGAAUCUAA